GGGGCGGUGCUGCCCCUCUGGAGCGCGCUUCCGCAAUAUAAAAAGCUGGGAGGACACCCACAUGGUCGGUGUGCAGGAUAUUUCGCUGGACCCUAGAAAAGCCACCACGACCUGUGGGCCAUGAUGCUACCCCAAUGGCUGCUGCUGCUGUUCCUUCUCUUCUCCUUUCUCUUCCUCCUCACCAGCGGCUCACUUUCUCCAACAAAAUACAACCUUUUGGAGCUCAAGGAGUAUUGCAUCCGGAACCAGGACUGCGAGACUGGGUGCUGCCGACGUGCUCCAGACAAUUGCGAGUCGCACUGCGCGGAGAAGGGGUCCGAGGGCAGUCUGUGUCAAACGCAGGUGUUCUUUGGCCAAUAUAGAGAGUGUCCCUGUCUGCAGAACCUGACUUGUAUAUAUUCGAAGAAUGAGAAAUGGCUUAGCAUCGCCUAUGGCCGUUGUCAGAAAAUUGGAAGGCAGAAGUUGGCUAAGAAAAUGUUCUUCUAGUGCUCCCUCCUUCUUGCUGCCUCCUCCUCCUCUACCUGCUCUCCUCCCUACCCAGAGCUCUGUGUUCACCCUGUUCCCCAGAGCCUCCGCCAUGAGUGGAGGGAAGGGGGGGAGUGAUGUGCCAUCAUUGAAAUAAAGAGCUUUUUCAA